AUGGUAACAACCAGGAAACUCAAGGAAGGACGCCAGAGGGAAACCAGUCAAGACAUUCAUGGUACCCUGGUCAGCGCUGGCCAUGACGAAGACUUUACGUGCAUAUACCACUUCCUUGUGUUGAACUGGUAUAUUUUCCUCAAUUUUUACCUCUCACAAUGCAGAAAGAACAAGGAGAGUUCCAAAACCUUUGCAAAGGGGGGACUGUGGAAAUAUUUGACUCUCCUUAAUGUGCUCUUACAGGCCGUUUUCUACGGGGUCGCCUGCUUGGAUGAUGCACUGAAAAGAAUCAAAGGGAGGAGAGGCAUGAAGGGCCAUGCCUUCAGAGAACUGCUUUUCCUGUAUCCGCAGCUCAUACAAGAUCCUUGUUGCUCUCUGAUGGGGAAGUUUGAAGGAGCCUUCUUGAUCACAUUUGUAUUUUUGGCAUUCUGCGCCCUCUUUCUCUAGAAUCAAGAACGCUAUGCCAAAAUCCUGGAUGGUGUCUUUCCAGUGCGGCUGAAUCGUGCAAGGCACACUUCCAUACUGCCCUUCUCAUUGGCCGGAGUCAUCCUCAGGGCACGUGACUGUCCGUCAGAGAAGAAUGGACUCUCCUUGUUGACUGCGGGCAGCCUUGCUUCCAUUAGCAGGAUUCUAUGGAUCUACUCUGAGACGGGUACCUGGGGGUAUCCUGUGCUUGCCAAACUGAGCCCUCUGGGCCUGGCAGCCUUCUUCAUUCUUAGCUAAAUCUUUAGUGCCAGCCUCUACCUACUUGUAGAGAAGCUCAACCACUGGAAAUGGGGUGACAUGAUGCAGCCACAGAAAAAGAGGAAGUGA